AUGGGUUUGUUAUUAUUAUUAAUAUCGAUGAUGAUGAUGAUUAGUUUUGUGAACGGAGGAGCAGGAGGGAUUGGUGCGAAUUGGGGAACUCAGGCAAGUCAUCCUCUGCCGGCGACGAUGAUAGUGAAACUGUUGAAAGAUAAUGGGAUAAAGAAAGUGAAGGUUUUUGAUGCAGACUGGGGAACUCUGAAUGCUUUAAGUGGAUCGGAGAUUGAAGUUAUGGCCGGAAUUCCUAAUGAUAUGUUGAGUCUUCUCGCCGGAAAUGCUACCGCCGCUCAACUUUGGGUUGAUACUAAUGUCUCUUUUCAUAUCACCACCAAUGAUGUCAAAAUCAGAUAUGUUGCAGUUGGAAAUGAGCCAUUCUUGUCAACUUAUAACGGUACAUACCUUACUACAACUUUACCCGCUCUUCAAAACAUUCAAACCGCCUUAAUAAAAUCAGGAUUUGGAAACUUAGUAAAAGUAACGGUUCCUUUAAACGCCGACGUUUACGAAUCGUCGACGUCUCUCCCUUCCACGGGUGAUUUUCGAGCCGAUAUACACGAUCUCAUGAUACAAAUCCUCGAGUUUCUUAAAGAAAACAAUUCCCCAUUUACGGUUAACAUUUAUCCUUUCAUUAGUCUUUAUAAGGACCCGAAUUUCCCACUCGAUUACGCAUUCUUCAACGGAUACUCCUCUCCAAUAAAUGACAAUGGGAGAAUUUAUCAAAAUGUUUUCGACGCAAAUCUCGACACCCUUUUCUGGGCUUUACAAAAGAAUGGGUACGAAACAAUGUCGGUUAUCGUGGGGGAAGUUGGUUGGCCAACUGACGGGGAUGGAUACGCGAAUCCGAAUUAUGCUCAGAAAUUCAACCAGGGUUUGAUUUCUCAUAUUGGAGUUGGAACUCCUUUGAGGCCUGGCCCGAUUGAGGCGUAUUUGUUUAGUUUAAUCGAUGAAGAUGCGAAGAGUAUUCAACCGGGGAAUUUUGAACGACAUUGGGGAAUGUUUAAUUACGACGGGACACCGAAAUACCAUCUUAAUCUAAUGGGGUCUAACGACGGUGAAUUGGUUGGAGCAAGUGGGGUUCAUUAUUUGGCGAAGAAAUGGUGUGUUUUAUCGAGUUCGGUUAGACUUGAUGAUGAUUCGCAAUUUGGUGAUAGUUUGAGUUAUGCAUGUAGUCAUGCAGAUUGCACGAGCCUCGGUUAUGGGACGUCGUGUGGGGGCCUUGACGCGAGAGGGAAUAUUUCGUACGCGUUUAAUAGUUAUUAUCAACAAAAUGACCAAGUUGGGAUAGCGUGCCGGUUUCCUAAUCUAUCGGUUGUUACGACAGUUGAUCCGUCGGUUGGGAGUUGUAAAUUUAAGGUUAUGGUUCGAACUACGGUUAACCUUGGAAGGGGAAGAUCUUUAGAAGGACCCGGGUUUUUUAUGAUUUUGUGGGUUCUUUUGGUGUUUCACAUAUGCUUCUAAUGUUUUUUUUUUACAUUAGAAUAUGGAUGAGUGGUUUAGAGAGGAUUUUAAAAAAUUUGUCAUGAAAAAAUGUUACAAAUUUCAGUACAUUAUGGUUUUAUCAUCGGAGUUAAUUCGGAUGAAAUUUUGUUUAGAAAUAAUGUA